ACGUCCUAUAUCACGUUUGUUUUGGAAGAAAAUCGAACCCAUAUAUUUAUAUGCACCAUAAACUGCACCUAUGAAAAGCAUUAAACACUUCAAAUGCACAUUGUAAGAAGCGGUACUUUACAAGGUUACUACUCGGCUGUAACCUUCGCUGUUAGCAUUCCCGAAAGGCGACUGGUCUUUGCAUUAUAUCGAUUUAUCAGACACUAAACGAUCAUAUCCUACCAAAAAGCACAAAACACAACCAGCUCAUGAAUAUCGGAGUUUGACUUUCUAUAAUCGCAAAAAACAAUAAUAAUAAAAAGCAGAGUACUAUUUCCUACUACAAACGCCGUCAUCUUAAUUCGCUUAGAUAAGCACUACAGAUGCAUACGCAUGUCUCCAAAAGGGCGUUUACCACAUUACUGCUUAAGCAUAUAAAGCAAUAGUCGGAGUAAAUAAUGUCCUUUUAGUGCUUAAGAAGUGACUUCAGUCUCCUCUUCGGAUCGGCGAAGCUCCGACACCCGCACAACCGCGCCGAUCUGGGCGAUGGCGACAGAGGCACACUUAUAACUGGUUUCCACCCACUUGAACCGGAACCUUUCGGGGCCGCUCGGCUCUGCGCUCCGGAGCCUCCGGUGACAGGAGCGGCGGCGGCGUCGCCAUCGUCCAUUUAACGCCUCCCGCUGUCAUCCGCAUAUUGACCAGCAAAGAAAAUCACAGACGCACGACAGCGGAUCUUACUGCGUUUACUGAUUAUUUAUUAUGAUCCGUCACGACAAGCGGCCGGGCGACUGCGUGGGCCGUGGGGACUUCGGUUUUUGUCUGAAUGCGACCGUAAGAGAGAGAAAAGGCGAGGUGCUCUGUUUCUUAGAUGGGGGGGUUAGCCUGGAUCCGGAGCAGGCAGGCGCUAUAUAAAUGAUUGUGCAUAUAUAUUCCGGUUUCUCAUUUCCAGCAUAGCCGCCCAGGUGAUCGGGGAUCUGUGACGGGCUUAGAUACAUUUUUUUUUUAAAUCUAUUUUUUUGGCGAAGAUAAGAUAUACGACGGGAUCCGGGACAUACAUGAAGAGACGCUGAGAGAUAGGGGGAGGGGGAGGGAGAAAAUGGGGAACACGGCGUCCUGCUGUGUGUCGGCGAGCCCGAAGCUUCGGAGAAACGCUCAUUCUCGGCUGGAUUCCUACCAGCCCGAGCCGGACCUCAGCCGAGAAGAUACGGGCUGCAACCUCCAGCACAUCAGCGACAGGGAGAACAUCGAUGAUCUGAACAUGGAGUACAACCCUUCAGACCACCCACGGGCCAGCACCCUGUUUCUCAGCAAGUCACAGACGGACGUGCGGGAAAAACGAAAAAGUCUCUUCAUGAAUCACUUAGCACAUAUUUUGGAAGCUAAGCACGGCCGAGCGAGGCGAAAGUACAGCUCCUGCUCCACCAUAUUCCUGGAUGACAACACCGUCAGUCAGCCCAACCUGAAACACACUAUUAAAUGCGUAGCGCUGGCGAUUUAUUACCAUAUAAAGAACAGAGAUACCGACGACAGGACGCUGCUAGACAUCUUUGACGAGAAACUGCACCCCCUCUCGAAGUCGGAAGUGCCGUCGGACUACGACAAGAAUGACCCGGAGCAGAAGCAGAUUUACCGUUUCGUGCGGACCCUCUUCAGCGCGGCUCAGCUGACGGCAGAAUGCGCCAUCGUCACCCUGGUCUACCUGGAGAGGUUGCUGACGUACGCCGAGAUGGACAUCUGCCCCGGAAGCUGGAAGCGCAUCGUGCUGGGGGCCAUACUGCUGGCCUCCAAAGUGUGGGACGACCAGGCCGUGUGGAACGUAGACUACUGCCAGAUCCUGAAGGACAUCACCGUGGAGGACAUGAACGAACUGGAGCGGCAGUUUCUGGAGCUGCUGCAGUUCAACAUCAACGUCCCGUCCAGCGUCUACGCCAAGUAUUACUUUGACCUGCGCUCGCUGUCCGAGGCCAACAACCUGGGCUUCCCCUUGGAGCCGCUCAGUCGGGACAGGGCCCAGAAGCUGGAGGCGAUAUCCCGCCUGAGUGAUGAUAAGUACAGAGACUCUCGCAAAGCAACAAAGAAGAGGUCUAUGAGCGCAGACCAGCUCAGCGUCGUCCGAUGGGCCCCCGCCAUCAUAUCCUAACAGUGCCAAGAUGGGGGGGGGGGCUGUCCCCCUUCCACCACGAAGCCACCGGACCCAUACGACCUGCCCAGGUCACCUUUUUCAAAGUCUGGGGUCGAUGCCUCCACAGUGCCUCUGUUUGGUCCCACCUGGAAUCUUACUGGGAUCUUACCGGGAUCUUAUUGGGACUUACAACGAUCCUGGGGGAGACAAGACACUGAAGAGAAGUGGGAUCAUUGUGUGUUUCUUUCUGGCUCUGUUUCUUACACCCCCCCCCCCUCCCUGGGUCGCCAUGUCUUGCCGUUACCGUGAGUGAAUGCAAAUUGGGCAAAGAAUGCUACCAACGAUGAAGCAAUGAAUAGGGUUGCAGUGUCUGGUCGGGUCCCGUGAGUUUCGAUUGGCUCGUCUGAGCCAGUUCCCCUCAUAAGCACAGGAAGGGGCGGGUCUUUCCAGGUGUCCCAGUGCUUGUGUUCCCCCCCUGCCUUCUUUUAAAUAACAAAAGAAACAAAGGUCUAUUUUAGUCUCCGAUGCCAUUUUUCAAACUGAAUUGUUCCUGUUUAAUAUGAAGCGGUCUAAGCAUUUCAAGGUGCUUUCAAAAUCUUUUUCCUAUAGCUUUUUAGUUAAUCCCCUUUAAGUUAUGAAUAUUUGAUCCCAGUGAGGUGAUUGGACGUUCUUGUCAGGUAAUGGCCACUAUCUGGAGAACCUUCGGACUUUUAUUCCUGUUUCCAUGGUAAGGUUCACCAGGGAGACCCUCCAUUAAGUGCCCCUGACAGAGACUACAAUGCCAGUCUAGGGUGACUUUCUUUGUGGACCAUAAUGCACUUCUGUGUGUGAGUGUGGCGACAUCCCUCAUCGAACCAGUAGACACAUGUAUCUCCAGCCAGUUACCUACUUUACCCUCCCACAUUCCUUACAUUCCUGUUUCACCAACAGAUGUGUGUAUUUGCGGUCAUGUGUCCUGAUAACCGCAGACAGGUUCCAUUAUGGCUAAAAAGGAAAGGAAAUGUGCCAAAAUUUCAUAUCAUCAGUUUAUUUCUCUGUUUUCAUUCUUUUAUUGCAGUUUGAGGUUAGGGAUCAUGGACUGUGUGAAAAUUAGGUUCAUAACAGCUGCCUGUGCCCAUUUCACAUGCUUACGGAGUAUCACCGUUACCAUGGCAAUGUCAAACACUGCCUUCCUCGCCGUCCACUCCCCCGUCGGAAGAAAGUCCACUGUAAUCUGUGACCCAGAACCCAACCUGGAAUCUCCAUGUGUUUAAUUAUGGAUGGAAAAGCAGGAGUUAAACUGUGUCGAAAUGGGCAGGACAGUCACCCCCAGAAUAUGUGGAGCCUCAAGAAGCAGAGACCUGAGUUGGGUUGUAGUAGCAACUGUUUUGAAGCCACUGAAAUGCCUGUAGGGGUUUGCCGUCCACAUUAAACAGGAAAGCGAUGAAGGGAAAGCAACUGAGGUUUGAGCCAAUCAUUGUGCAUAUUGCUGAUCAUGUGACCGUAGCGUCAGCCGUAGCGCUUACACGCUCCAAAAACAGACUGUAAUGCCGUUUACUGGUGAAGUUCUUAAGUUCUGAACCAGUUUAAGGACAAAUGCGGACAGGUGAUCAGUACUUCAGGGGCCAACCAUGAGGUCCCAUGAGUUUGAACAGGUUCCUGCAUUAAGUAACAUCAUCUGUUUGUAAAAAUAAAAAAGCAUUGCCUUUGUUUUGUACCAUGUGAUGAAAUAUUAAAUGCUCUGAAAGACAUUAAGUUAAAUAUUAAUUUAUUAAAUAUUUAAAGAAAAUCAUUAUCUGGUUCACUGAUGUAACUAUUCCACGAUGUUUUAACCAAACAAUUUUAAAUUUGGGCUGAAUAAAUUAUAAAAAUAAUUGAAAA